GUCAAAGUGGAUAUCAUUUUUUUCUAACUUUUAAUGUUGCACUUUUUUGGCCUCUCAACAUUUGUUCCAGAUACUGCUCUUUGAGUAAGAGAUAUGGUGUUUGAAAUUUUGACUCCUUAUUCUUUCUUCUAAUUAUAUUCAUUCUCUUAUAGUCUCAUGCCAAUCCUCUACAAAGAAACUAAUGAUGCAGGACUGCCUCAACUAAUCAGCUAAUAGCAUCUCUGAACUCUGAUUUCACUGGGUUCAGGAUCUUUGCAUAAUUUCUUAUGUUUCAAGUUUCUAUCUGUAUGUUUAUGCAACUUCAAUUAAUGCACGUAUUUUCUAGGGAUUCUUUUCUGAAGCAUAUGGAAUUUGACCUGAAUGACCAAAGGAGUAUCAGGUUUGUCUUUGUCUUGUUGAGUUCUUUAUCUCUUUCACCAGGGAGAGAGUUGUGCAGUUCAAUGCUGAUGUCUCUGAUGGAAUGCCUAGGAAAUUCAUUCCAACUCAAAGAGAGGUAAGGAUCAAACCAGGAGAAAGUGCCUGAGCAUUUUAUACUGCUGAAAAUAGAAGCUCAAAACCAAUAACUAGUAUGUCUACAUAUAAUGUUACCCCAAUGGAGGUACCCUGAUGUAUCAAAGUAUUUGUUCAUAAUUUUUAGAUCUCUUUGCAGAAUUAUCCUCCAUUCUGGAUCUCUGUGGCAUUUCAUUGAAAACAUGAUCUUUGCUUCAUUUUCCAAAUACAACUUGAUAUUUACUCAUUGCUUGAGGUAAAUUAGGAGGGCCUAAAGCCAGGACGCAGUAAAAAAUAUCUUUCCGUUUAGUUUUCCCUGGAGGUGCCUUCAAAAUAAACACUUACAUUUUAUUUGAAUUGUUGAUAGAGGUAUGACUGUUAAAACAAUAGAUCUUCUUAUGCAAGAAAGAAUGAGUAGUUGACAAUAUUUAGGAUAGAUAUAGAGUGAUUUUGAUGUGAAAGAAUGAUCUGCACAUUUAAUACUGUUAACUGCAUUUUUUGUUGCCCUUCCUUUUUAUUAAUGCAACUGGACAUUGUUACAUGAUAUUUUCUCAACCUAAUCUGUUCUAUUUUAUGUGGGAAUUUUCUUCUGGGGACUGAGAGAUGACAGUAGAUUUGUACUCAAAUAAUCAUGGGAAAACUUUAGCUGAAAUGCAGUACUAUUGUGUCUUGCUGCUUAAGCAUAAUUUGUAUUGGCACCAAUGGGGUCUUCCUGCAUCAUUUUGGGGUUUCAUUUAUUUGUGUUUCAGCACUGGUAUUGGAAAAACUGACAAUCGGCAUGCACAUAAAGGCUGAAGCCUAAGCAUGCGUAAUGAUACUUGUAUAAGGAUCAGGGAGGCAAGUAGAUAUGUCCCAUAGUGGCAGAUCCAAUGGUUAAGAAUUUGAAUCUCAAUGUUGGAGAUCUUUGGUUCGAAUCCUGGGAUAGGUGGGGUGGAGUUUGGAAAGAGGAGGGCUAUCUCCUAUUAUAUAACUCAUCAUCUGAUGUACUAAAAAAAAAGGAGGAAGGUUAGGUUACUAGCUUGUACUUGAUAAAUGAGCAGACAAAUGUUGAUAAUAAAUUAAUAAUUCUUAGGAGUUCUGCUGCAUAAUCUUCAAUGAAACCUAAAGAGUAUACUGCAUUAAAAGUCAAUUGUCAUCAUUGUUAUCAUUUCAAUCGUGUGAAAAGAAAACUCUGGGAGGAUUGGCUCAGUUAAUCUGUGUGCUUCUAUUUUCUUUUCCUUUUUCUGGCUGCAGUUUACUUAAACAAAAUCCGGUGCUUUUGCUUUGAGGAGCAGCGUCUUCUUCCUGGAUAACAGAUUGACAUACCUAUUUUCUACUACAUCAACCCCAAGUUUGAAACAGAUCCUAAAAUGGGUGGUAUAAAUUAACAACCUGAUCUUGUCCUAUACAGUUUUUCAAAAUCUCAGAGGAAUGAAAGGUAAUUCAAAUGGCUUAUUGAUUAAAUUCAGAGAAUGGUCUAUGUGCGGAGAAUAAUAACAUCAAGUUCAAGUACCAAACUCUCUUUGUGCUGGAUGACUACAAACUUUUCUGUAGAGUUUAGGCAGUAAUAGAAGAGAAGAAAACAUCGUUAAUUAUCAAAUUAUUAUACAUAUUUUUGUUUUCCCCUGGUUUUAUAGGAUUUUCAUGCCUUCUGUACUGAACAAUUCCUGAAAUUAGAAUCAGUGUUACUAGAAUUACCUAUAUUGUAUAUCU